AGACAGGAGAGCUGAUGCCGUGUCGAGAGUUCCACAAUCUCCAAGCAUUAGUGGAUUCCUUUGAUAUGUGUGUAUAUAUAUAUAAAUAUAUAUUAGAUGAUGGAUUCUUAGCAUUCUCCUGGAAACCGAGUUCUCUUUCCAACAACCGGCAGAAUCCAGCGAAACCCGUCUAGGUAACAGUUACUCUUGUCGGGUUACAAGCUGGAGCGAGAGUAUCCUCCUCCCCUGCUUCUUGCGGAUCUUCUUACGUCCACCUCAUCCCUUGAUAAUCCGUCACGCUUCUUUCUCCUUCCUCGAGAAUUCACUGAAACACAUAUAUCACCGUGAUCCCAUAACUGGACUGACUACUUGGUCACCGUUUUUUGAGAUUCCCGGGUACAAAGUACUAAUUCCUGGGCACGCGUUUCCGUCACCCGUCGAUCAGUUGGCCGCCGAAGCCUUCCGCCAAUUUGGAAAAUAAAUCAUCACCAGUGAAAUCAUAAUAAACACCUCCCACCUUCUUCUACGUCUUGUAUUUCCGACAUUUUGAUCUUACAACCUCCAUCCUACCAUCUAUCGCAUAAACCCAAAAGGCCAUAGAUGCUUGGCUCGCUUGAAUAUAUGUUUUGAAACAGGGAGAUGCCGUGGACUGUAACAAAUUCAUUCAAGCGAGGCCUUAUGAUGAAAACGUACGGUAGACCCGUAUGGCGCGUCUAUGAUGACGACCAGAGUCCAGCGGCUAAGAAAAGACGCGUUCAAUCGGGGAAUGAAUCGGACGAGGCAGAGAACAGCAUCCAAUACGCCAUUCGCGAGUCGUCCGCCGCUGUCCUAUCCAGUCCGUCGCGUCGCAAUUCCAUCCUUCUCUCUGAAGGAACGCAGGAUGAUGACCUGUCUACACCUCCGUCUUCACCGCCGCCUCGGCUGAGUUCACCUCCUGCCAACACGCGAAAACCCACCUUCGCGUUUCUCAAACGCAAACAAUCGGCGAACAAGGAAGCUGGCAAUAGCUCCCCGCUCACUGAGGUCAACUCCAAUAGUGUACGCGCAUCGGUAGACCCUCCCAAGAAGAAGGCAGUGUCGCAGCAACCCGCCUUAAAACAGAUGCAACUUGACCUAGGGCACGAAGUGAGAAGAACCUGCGCGACCUGUGGAAUGGAGUAUGUGCCGUCGAACUCGGAGGAUGCAGCUUUACAUAAGAAGUUUCAUGACAUGAAUUCAACAGGAGUGGAUCUGGGUAAAGCAUUCAUGAGGGCAAAUGCCUCGCGCUGGGUUUAUGAGGCUACUCGCUUCGAUGAGGGGUAUGUGGUCAUUGUCGAUCGAAAAGCGUCCCCGACCGCGAAAAAUCAGGCCAAGAAAGUUCUGGAGGUUAUCAAUAAGGAGUUGUCUUCCCCCGAGAUUCAAGAUGAUGUCCUAUGGAGCCAGACCGAACCCCCGACACACUUGCGCAAAAACGGCGUGCUGGAGAAAGUGGACCGUUAUAAAGUUUUCCUGCAUAUGAAGGAUAGUCGAUGCGUCGGUGCCUGUUUAACGGAGCGGAUUUGGGAAUCACGACCGGUUGAGAAACCUUCUAGCCAGACCAAUCGCACUGAUUCUGCAGUCACGGUUCGCAACGAAACUCAUCCGGCAAUCGUGGGGAUUUCACGCAUAUGGACAUCUGGGUCAUCGCGACGGAAAGGGAUCGCGAUGGAUCUGUUGGACUGCGUGGUCAGCAAUUUUAUAUACGGCAUGGAAAUUCCAAAGGAGCAGAUGGCAUUCAGCCAGCCUACCGAAAGUGGUAGAGCCUUGGCGCAGUCAUUCUUUGGGGAUGAUGAGUGGCAUGUAUACGAGGAAAGCUGAACGAAGUUUGCAUAUCAGUAACAUCUGUCCAGUGGAGGGACGAUACAUUACUUUUUUUUUGUGUGUGUGUGUGUAUGUGUGUGUGUGUUUUUUU